AUGCUGCGUCGUGUCUCGAGUUGCCGGACGCACUGGUCCGUCCAAGAGCUCCGCUCGGUGCUGGUCCCUAAGGUCCGUUUCUCAGCAGCCCCUUCGCUCGAAGCUCUGGCCGCGCAGUCCAUGGCGACGGCGUUUCGCCAAUACGGCCACUUGGAGGCAGAGCUGGAUCCACUGCAGCUCCAGCCACGCACGGCCGUUGCCAGUCUCGCCGUUGAGAACUUCCACCCGUUGCUCGACCGGUCUCUGGUCGCGGCAGAUCUGGCUCGCGUUGUUGCGGUCUCGGCAGCCACUGGCCAGCAGCUCUACGAUGAGCUGCACCGCGUGUACUGCGGCAAAACGGGCUAUGAGUUCGAGCACUUGACGUCAAGGGAGGAGAAGACGUGGCUGGCCCGUGCCGCGGAGACUGCCACCACCACAAACGACGCGACGCCUGCCGACUUGCGCAAUGCCUACUCGAGUAUGAUGCGUGCCGACGUGUUCGAGACCUUCAUGGCCAAGAAGUUUGCGUCCUUCAAGAGGUACUCGGGCGAAGGAGCCGAGUCCAUGCUGCCAGCAGUAGAGACGGUGCUUCAAGCGUGCACGACGUCAGGCAUUUCGGACGUGGUGAUUGGCAUGCCGCACCGCGGUCGACUCGCCCUCCUCGUCGGGUCGCUCGACUACCCUGCACACAAGAUUUUCCACAAGGUGCGCGGCUACUCGGAGUUCCCCGACAACUUCCGGGGCAUUGAUGACGUUUCGUCGCACAUUGCCACGACAGUGGACAAGAAGUACGCGGGCAACAACGUGCACGUGUCACUCGUGCACAAUCCGUCGCAUCUGGAGAUAAUCAAUGCUGUGGCGGCAGGAAAAGUACGUGCCAAGAACGAUGGCGAUAGCCAUGCCAACGCGAUGGCGCUGCUGUUGCAUGGAGACGCCGCGUUUGCUGGACAAGGGUGUGUCACCGAGGCUCUGGCACUGUCGCAACUACCUGACUUCCAGACUGGCGGAUCGGUGCACAUUGUGGUGAACAACCAGGUGGGCUACACGACCACAUACCCCGACGGCCGCGGUACGCGCUAUGCCUCGGACGUCGCCAAGAGCAUUGAAGCGCCGAUUUUGCAUGUCAAUGGUGAAAGCAUUGCAGACGUCGUGCGUGCGUGUCGUGUGGCGGUGGCGUACCGUAACGAGUUUCACAAGGACAUCGUCAUCGACUUGAUCACUUUCCGUCGCCAUGGACACAACGAAGUGGACGAGCCGCGCUUUACGCAGCCCAAGAUGUACGAGCGUGUGGACCAAACGGAGCGCUUUCCAAUCAGGUUCGCCCGCGAGCUGGAAGCGGCUGGUCUCGUCUCGCGCACGAGCUUUGAAAAGAACGUGGAGCGCCUGAACGAGCACCUGGAGAGCGAGCUCAAACUCGUCACGGGCGAACGUGGCUACAUGCCCACGGAGAUCGACGCAUUCAAGGGCAAGUGGUCAGGUAUGAGGCAGCCCGACCCUGAAGAUUUGUACGUCAAUCCUGUGACUGGCGUGGAGAUCGACGAGCUGAUUCAGGUCGGGCUUGCCUCCGUAGAAUUGCCCGAGCGCAUCCGCCCUCAUGGUCGUCUGCAGCGCACGCAUAUCAAGUCGCGUCAGAAAUCCUUGACACUGCAGGACGGAGGAUCAAAGGAAGAUUUGCGUGUCGACUGGGCCACAGCUGAGGCUAUGGCCUUUGGCACGCUGAUGCAAGAAGGUCACUCGGUGCGUCUCUCCGGUCAGGACUGUCGGCGUGGCACCUUCAGUCAAAGGCAUGCUUCAUUCACCGAUCAGGACACAGAGGAGCGCUACUUUCCGCUACAGCACCACUUGCCCACGAAGUCUGAUGUUGCUGGCAAGUUGUGUGUUGCCAACAGCAACUUGUCCGAGCUUGCUGUCAUGGGUUACGAGUACGGCUACUCGGUGGAGAGCCCACGCAAUCUGGUCAUCUGGGAAGCGCAGUUUGGUGACUUCUUCAACGGUGCACAGAUCGUGAUCGAUCAGUUCUUGUCGAGCGCAGAGUCCAAGUGGAUGCGGCAAUCGGGUCUGAUGCUUUUGUUGCCGCACGGCAAUGACGGAGCUGGACCUGAUCACUCCAGCGGCCGGGUCGAGCGCUUCUUGCAGCUCGUUGACACGCCUGCACUGAUCCCGCGCUCGUCAGUCCAGGAAUCGAGCUCGGAGCCUUUUUGGAAGCAGUUCCAGCACGACACCAACAUGAUUGUGGUGAACGUGACGACACCGGCCAAUUUCUUCCACCUCGUUCGUCGCCAGCAGCAGCGCUCUUUCCGCAAGCCCGUGGUCGUCAUGGGACCAAAAAUGCUGCUCCGACUUGCAGAUGCGACGUCGCCAUUGUCGGAGAUGGGACCGGGCACCACGUUUCAGCCAGUGCUCUCGGACCCGACGAUCACGGACCCGACACAGAUCAAGACGGUGUAUUUCUGCUCGGGGAAGUUUUUCUACGAGCUCUCGAAGGAACGUCUCGCCCGCAGCAAGAGCCCCGAGCGUAUUGCACUGGUCCGUAUCGAAGAGCUCGCCCCGUUUCCACUCAAGGACGUCGCUGACGAACUCGCCAAGCUCAAGAACGCAAAGCACUUUGUCUGGGUGCAAGAAGAACCACUGAACCAAGGCGCGUGGAUGUAUGCGAAGGAUCACAUUGAGAAGGUGCUGGACAAGAAGACGCAGCACCUGGAGUACAUUGGCCGAGAGUCGCUCGCUGCUCCAGCCGUCGGAUUGGCCAAGCGCUCGCAUGAAGAGCUGGAGUUGGUGCUGACGAAAGCUUUUGGUCCGCAAAAAUAG